GACCUGGAGCGGGCGCGCGCCUCCCUGCAGGAGGAGAGGAGGAGGAGAGAGGAGGAGACGCAGGAGAAGGAGAAGGAGGCGCAGGAGAGGAGGAGCCAGAUUGUCCAACUGUCAGGCUCAGUCAGCCAGCUGACGUCAGAGAUGAGUGCGUGUGGAGGGGAGCUGUCGUCCCUGGAGCAGGAGGUGCUCAGCCUGCGCAGGGAGAGCAACAGCAGAGCCUCUCAGCUCAGCCUGGCCCAGAACAGCCUGCAGCACACCCAGACCCUGCUGGACACCAAGAGCUGUCUGGUGGUGGAACUGGAGGAGAAGCUCCAGCGGUCGGAGGAGGACAGGAGGAACUCGUCCCAGCUUGCCCAGCUGCUGGAGGGGCAGCUGCAGGGUGUGCGUGGGGAGCUGACAGACACCCUGGGUCACCUGCAGGAGCUGAGAGACCUGCUGCUGAAGACCCAGGUCACCUGUGACGAGAGGCAAGCCUCUCUGGAGAAGCUGGCCUCAGAGCUCAG